CCGCCACUCACAGGAAACAGGUCGGGUUGCCGGCCAUCCUCACUACCUACCACCGCCUACUGCCACUACUAUCUGAAUACUUCGAUCCCCCAUCCGAGUAAUGACAUACAACCACCUCCGCUAGCCAUCUCACGAUCUGGCGGGUAAAGAUGACCUCACUGCAGUACUGCAGUACCGGCCUGUAUCUCUUGCGUGGAGAAUGGAGAAUGGAGAAUGGAGGGCAUAUAAUGGCCCGUCCCCCUUCGUCAAAUAUCCAAAUUUUUCUUUGCAAUAAACACACACAAAACACAAACAAACACAACCCACAACCCACAACACUCACAGUAACAACAAAAUUAUCCAAAACGAUAACACAAUGACCGACUCCCGCCACUCCUCCAUCUCCUCCGAGCGCAGCUCUUCGAUCUCGUCGGAGAGCGGCGCCCCCUUCAGCGCCACCGCCAGUGCCCCGGCCCCCGAGAUCUCCCCGCUCACCGCAAAGGACCUGCACAACGUUCCGGCCAAUGAGGCCGACGUGCGGCGCACCUCUGUGGAGCUCGAUGCCCCGCCGCGGGCUAGUCGCGGGAAGCGUUUGAGCUUCGGCGGCGGCAACGAUGGCCACGGCACCCCGCUGUUCAGUAACCUGCACGCUUCGAAGUCGAGGCAUAUGUACGACGGCUACGAGGACAUGAAGCCCAAGGCGGGCUUUGUUGAGAGCGCUUUCCGUAGGUGGGUCGGCGCCGAUCAUGCGAAGGCUGCUACGGAGGGGGGUGUUGGGACACCUUCCGCGACGGUGCUCACCCCGACACCGUCACGGACGGCGACGACCCCACCAAUCCCUAAAUCCCGCUCCGUGCCGCGACUGAACAGUAGCGCGGAAUGGCUACACCGCACAGCGGACGCGCUGACCUCCGGCGCGCGCGAGGCGAAGGGACAGGCGUGGUUGACGACGCGGGCAUCUUCCACUUCGCUUGUUGCUGAGGACGAUGACGAUCAUGAUGCACAGGGGGACAGGGAGAGGGAGAGGGCAAAUGAAAGGGCGCUCUCGCCCAUGUGGGGGGCUGCGGAGGAGGAGGAUUAUAUGGCCGCUGGGUAUGCGCGGGGUGGUGUGGGCGAGGGGGUGGGGGUGGAGGUGGGGGUGGAACAGGGGGAGUGGGAGGAGGAGGAUGAAGCUGUGGGGGGCGUGUACAGGCUCGGGCAGAUUAUUGAUCGGCUCAUUGGGUGGUCUGUUUUUGGCGAGGAUGAUAGCGACACUGAGGACGAGGAGGAGAAGCGGGGGGAGAAGGAGAAGGAGAAGGAGCGGGUGAAAGAGCGCGAACGGCUCAGGAUUGCGGGGCCGGAGGAGGAGAGGCUCAGGGAGGAGCAGAGACGCAGGAGGGAUAUGGAUGAUGGAUGGCAGGACCCCGCCUGGUUGUUUAGUAUUGCGAGUAAUGUGCUGUUUUGAGGUUACCGCUGCACCGACGGCCGACUGGGGGGUGUGGGGACUGUAUUCUACACACCUGCUUUUUUUUGAUGAUGAUGAUGAUGACGGCUACUUUUUAAUCAACGACACUACCAUACGGUAUGCACUCGGUGGCAGGUGCACAUUCGUAAGAAACACAAUUUUGGAUACAAGCUGCAGUCCGCCUUCGCAAAACAGUUGGAUCCGUGAAGUUCCAUCCGAGCGCCGACAGGCAGUCAGACAUCUCUCACGACUCCGCUAUCUCAGCCCUUUGGUAGGGUCUACCUCGCCGGAAAGCACGAACUAUCUGUUGGUGGAUACGAGCCGAAUUCCAACCAACAGUCAACCUGGGUGUCUGUAAAAUACCAGCCAGCCAGCCAGCCAGCCAGCCAGCCAGGUAGCCGAGG